AGAAUCACUUGUGAGAACCUUCACUCCUUUCUACUUCCUGGUGGAGCCCCUGGACGUGGUGGCAGUGCGAGGGAUGUCGGUGGUGAUGAACUGCUCGGCGCAGUGUGAGACCCCGCCGCGGAUCGAGUGGAGGAAGGACGGCUCCCUCCUCAACCUCGUGUCCGACGACCGGCGCCAGCUGCUGCCCGACGGCUCUUUGUUAAUCAACAGCGUGGUGCACUCCAAGCACAACAAACCCGAUGAGGGAUAUUAUCAGUGUGUGGCAACUGUGGACAGCCUGGGGACCAUCGUGAGCAGGACAGCCAAGCUCACCGUGGCAGUGCCAGGGGGGGUGCUGGAGAUCCGGGAUGUGACCGAGGCCGAUGCCGGGACCUUCACCUGCAUCGCUGAGAGCGGCAACGACACCCUGGAGGCACAGGCAGAGCUGGCAGUGCAAGUUCCCCCCACGUUCCUGAAGCGCCCUGCCAACAUCUACGCGCACGAGUCCAUGGACAUCGUGUUUGAGUGCGAGGUGACCGGGAAGCCAACGCCGACCGUCAAGUGGGUCAAGAACGGGGACGUGGUGAUCCCCAGCGACUACUUCAAAAUCGUGAAAGAACAUAACCUGCAAGUUUUGGGGCUGGUGAAGUCUGAUGAAGGAUUCUAUCAGUGCAUUGCAGAAAACGAUGUCGGAAAUGCUCAGGCUGGAGCCCAGCUGAUAAUACUUGACCUUGAUGUUGCCAUCCCAACAUUACCUCCCACUUCACUGACCAGUGCCACUAAUGACCAUCUAGCAGCAGCGGCAGCGGGACCCCUGCCCUCGGCCCCGCGGGACGUCGUGGCCACCCUGGUGUCCACCCGCUUCAUCCGGCUCACGUGGCGCCCGCCCGCCUCCGACCCGCACGGGGACAACCUCACCUACUCCAUCUUCUACACCAAGGAGGGCGUCAACAGGGAACGUGUGGAAAACACGAGUCGUGCUGGAGAGACGCAGGUGAUGAUCCAGAGCCUGAUGCCAGAGACAGUCUAUGUGUUCCGCGUGGUGGCCCAGAGCCGGCACGGCCCCGGCGAGAGCUCGGCACCGCUCAAGGUGGCAACGCAGCCCGAGGUCCAGCUGCCCGGCCCCGCUCCCAACAUCCGCGCCUUCUCCAGCUCCCCCACCAGCGUCACUGUCACCUGGGAGACGCCGCUCUCGGGCAACGGGGACAUCCAGAACUACAAACUGUACUACAUGGAGAAGGGACAGCACACAGAGCAGGACGUGGACGUGGCAGGGCUGUCCCACACGCUGACAGGGCUGAAGAAGUUCACCGAGUACAGCUUCCGCGUGGUCGCCUACAACAAGCACGGCCCCGGCGUCUCCACCCACGACGUCGUGGUGCGCACCCUGUCCGACGUCCCCAGUGCUCCACCCCAGAACCUAACGCUGGAGGUCCGGAAUUCCAAGGUUUGGAGCGGGGCACUGAGUACAGUUUCCGCGUGGCCGCCAUGACCAUCAACGGCACCGGGCCCGCCACCGACUGGGUGUCAGCUGAGACCUUCGAGAGCGACCUGGAUGAGAGCCGCGUGCCCGAGGUGCCCAGCUCGCUGCACGUGCGCCCGCUGGUCACCAGCAUCGUGGUGAGCUGGACCCCGCCCGAGAACCAGGACGUGGUGGUCAGGGGCUACGCCAUCGGCUACGGCAUCGGCAGCCCCCACGCCCAGACCAUCAAGGUGGACUACAAGCAGAGAUACUACACCAUUGAGAACCUGGAUCCCAGCUCCCACUACGUGAUAACCCUGAAAGCCUUCAACAACGUGGGGGAGGGGAUCCCCCUGUACGAGAGCGCCGUGACCCGGCCCCACUCGGACACUUCCGAGGUUGAUUUGUUUGUUAUUAAUGCUCCAUACACUCCAGUGCCAGAUCCGUCUCCCAUGAUGCCCCCGGUGGGAGUUCAGGCUUCCAUCCUGAGCCAUGACACCAUCAGGAUCACUUGGGCAGACAACUCCCUGCCCAAGAACCAGAAGAUCACGGACGCGCGCUUCUACACCGUCCGCUGGAAAACCAACAUCCCUGCCAACACCAAGUACAAGACUGCAAAUGCCACCACCCUGAGCUACCUGGUGACGGGGCUGAAGCCAAACACCCUCUACGAGUUCUCAGUGAUGGUGACCAAGGGCAGGAGAUCCAGCACCUGGAGCAUGACAGCACACGGGACAACCUUUGAAUUAGUGCCAACCUCUCCCCCCAAGGACGUGACUGUGGUGAGCAAGGAGGGCAAGCCCCGCACCAUCAUCGUCAACUGGCAGCCGCCCUCCGAGGCCAACGGCAAAAUCACAGGCUACAUCAUCUACUACAGCACGGACGUCAACGCCGAGAUCCACGACUGGGUCAUCGAGCCCGUGGUGGGCAACAGGCUCACCCACCAGAUCCAGGAGCUCACCCUGGACACCCCCUACUUCUUCAAGAUCCAGGCCCGCAACUCCAAGGGCAUGGGGCCCAUGUCCGAGGCCGUGCAGUUCCGCACCCCCAAAGCUGAGUCCUCAGAUAAAAUGCCCAAUGACCAAGCCUCAGGAUCUGCUGGCAAGGGGAGCCGCCCCCUGGACCUGGGCCCGGACUACAAACCCCCGCUGGGAGGCAGUAACAGCCCCCAUGGCAGCCCCACAUCCCCCCUGGACAGCAACAUGCUGCUGGUGAUCAUCGUGUCCGUGGGCGUCAUCACCAUCGUCAUCGUCGUCAUCGUCGCCGUCUUCUGCACGCGCCGCACCACGUCCCACCAGAAAAAGAAACGAGCCGCCUGCAAAUCCGUGAACGGCUCCCACAAGUACAAGGGCAACUCCAAAGAUGUCAAACCUCCAGACCUCUGGAUCCAUCACGAGAGGCUGGAGCUCAAACCCAUUGAUAAAUCCCCAGAUCCCAACCCCAUCAUGACAGACACCCCCAUCCCUCGCAACUCCCAGGACAUCACCCCGGUGGACAACUCCAUGGACAGCAACAUCCAUCAAAGGAGGAAUUCCUACCGAGGACACGAGUCAGAGGACAGCAUGUCCACGCUGGCAGGAAGGAGGGGCAUGAGGCCCAAGAUGAUGAUGCCUUUUGAUUCUCAGCCACCUCAGCCUGUGAUUAGUGCUCAUCCCAUCCAUUCCCUCGACCCCCCUCACCACCAUUUCCACUCCGGCAGCCUCGCCUCUCCAACCCGCAGCUUCCUGCAGCACCAGCUCAGCCCGUGGCCCCUGGGCUCUGCCAUGUCCCAUUCGGACAGGGCCGACUCCACAGAGUCCGUCCGGAACACGCCCAGCACGGACACGAUGCCGGCGGGCUCGGCCGUGCCCAGCGCGGAGCUGGCGGAGCCCGAGGGGCCGUUCCUGCCCGCCGAGGAGGAGCCGCAGGGCCCCCCCACGGCCCACGUGCGCCCCUCGCACCCCCUCAAGAGCUUCGCCGUGCCCGCCGUGCCCAACGCCGGGGGCCCCUUCGACCCUGCCCUGCCCAGCACCCCCCUGCUGAGCCAGCAAGCCCCCGGGCACCCCCUGCACGCAGUGAAGACGGCGUCCAUCGGCACCCUGGGCAGGACCCGGCCGCCCAUGCCCGUGGUGGUGCCCAGCGCCCCCGAGGUGCAGGAGACCACGCGCAUGCUGGAGGACUCGGAGAGCAGCUACGAGCCCGACGAGCUGACCAAAGAGAUGGCGCACCUGGAGGGGCUCAUGAAGGACCUGAACGCCAUCACCACGGCGUGAGCGCCCGGCCUCGGACUCUGCCCUGCCCACCAGGAUUGUACAGAGGAAACACUACAGCAAACAACGACAAAGAGAAAAAAAUAACAAAUCAACAAACCAGAAAGAGGGACAGCACAUGAGAGCAAUGGAGGGAGGAGGAGAGGAACCAGCCCAGGUGACACCAGUGUCACCCCUUGUCCUGCAGGGAGCCACGUGGGGUUCCAGCAGCACCCAGCAGGAUGGGCCACGCCAGGCUGGGACCCAGCAGGACAAAAGCAAAGCAAAGUGGACUCGCCAUUAGUUUUUUUCUGGUCAGGUUUUGUCUCAGUGGUGUGAUUGCCCUGCCUUUUCAGUGUUGGACAUUGGCAUUUAUGUACAAUUUUAUUUGUUGUUUUUAUUUUAUCUUUUUUUAUAAAAAGGAAAAAAAUAUUGUAAUAAAAAAAAGGGAGAAACUGUUGUUUUCCACAGCCUAGGCUGAGGUUUGACUGCUUGUUCUAUUGUGUAUGAAAAUUCAUUGCCAGUGUGGGUUGUUCAGUUUUGUUUUUUAUCCUGCGUAUAAUUACGUCCCCUUCUGGCAGUUAAUCCAUGGCCUUUUGGGAUGCUGCACUGCUCUUUGUAAGCUUUUUUUAUUAUUUUUAUAUUAUAAUUAUUAAAAGCCUGACUUUUCUCCUCUCAUCACUGUGAGAUUCCCGGUCUGUUUGAGUUGAGGUGUAAUUGAGAGCCUUGUUUGUCGCUUUUUGUGCAGUUUCAUAUUUUCAGUGGGGGGAGAAGUAGCUGGGGAAGGGGAGGGGAUCCUGGGGGGGGAGGGUUCAUUCCUGUUGUUUCCUGUCUUUUUCCAGUGACUGGGAAGACUGAAGAACAAGGAAACAUCUUCAGCUGUACUGUGUGUCUGCUCCCUGGGCCAGCAAGAGGCUCCUUUAGGAACAUUCAGAGAAUUCCUCCUGGGAAUUGGGCUUCUCCUGCCCAGGUGACCCUACAGGGAGCUUCUUUUGGCAGCUGUUUUGUUGUUGUUGGUUUAGAGAUGGAUCAGGAGCCUGCAGGGCUGGGGUUGAGCCCCCUGGGCUCAGAGAACUUGAGGAUUUUCUCAUUCCCAACAGCCCAGAUCCUGCUGGAGAGCACUGGGUGGCCACAGGGUCCUGCAGGUCCUGUCCCAGGCCAUCCCACAGGAAUCCUGCUCUGAAGGAUUCCUCAGACACAAACCAAGGCAAAAAUGUAUUUUUUUACACUUUGGAAACCAUGUAAAAAUCAAGCCAGUGUUGGUGACCCAGGUGCUGUUCCCAGAGCUGUGUGGAAAGGGAGGAGAGGGAACAGGGAGGGAAGAGGGGUUUCCUUCUCUCUUUGUGUGCUUGCCUGGCUCUGUCCUUCUCUGCAUUAAAAAAAGGGCUGGAGUUCAGCAAAACGAGAAAUAAAAGAGAGAGAAACCCCAGCCAGCUGCCAAUGAGCUCCUGUGCAAUUUCACUUCUAGGAUAAAAGGAAUCCCAAACUUCCUGAUGGUUCAGGGCUGGGAUUUGGGAAGCCCAGGCCCCUCUGUGCCUCUGCCAGGAGAAUUCCACUGAAAGGGCAAAAAGAACUUGGCUUCCUUCGCUUCCCUUUAUCCCUGAAGUGGAGCUGAAGCUGUCCCUGGGAGAAGGGAGAGCAGGGAUUGAGGGUGGGGUCAUUUCCUGCAUUUAUUUAUUAUUGAGGGAGGGGAGGGAAUUAAAUAAAUGGUAGCACCAUGGGCCACCUGGAUAAUUCAUGUUUGGAUUUUAAUCAGUACAAUUCAGGGCAAAAUAAGCUACAGAACAUGUAUUUAAAGAAUAAAAUCCACACCUGGCCUGAGAAAGGAGGGUGUGGAUCUGUUCCUUUGCCUAUUUUUUACCUAUACCCAAAGACAUGCCAUCCUACACACACAGUAUUCCCAGCUGGGGGCCUUUGUGAAUAUUCCUUAUGUAGAACACCAUGAAUGUUAAUAUUGUCAUUGAAUUUGGGGAGGGGGAAUAUUUUUAAUGAUAAAACAACUGUUCAAAGUUGGUUUUUUAAGGUUAAACUGAAAAAAAAAAAGAAAAAACAUUUAUUCAAUUCAGUGUACAAUCUGUAUUGCACUUUUUCACAUUUUAAUGCUACGUUUUCUUACAUAUCCUGUGAUUUUAACUUUGGAACAUUGUGUAUCCUUGUAGUGUCAUAGUCCAGCUGUGCAGUGACAGCUUCCCUCAGACUUUUGGGGAAAAGGAACAAACCAAACCUGUACAUUGUUUUAUGAUUCUCAUGUAGAAGAAUUUCAAGGACUGCUGUAGAUGUCGAUCUUUCUGUACAAUUUUUUUGCUUUUCUGUAGUAUUUGCUGUAUCCUCUAUGGCUUUUUUUAAUAACUUCAUGUUUAUUAUUUUGUAUUGGGCAUCCAAUACACUUUUUUUAAUCCAAUCAA